UCUUGCCGUCCUCCCUUUCCUAUCCAGAUCGCACCAAAGCAGACAGAGCGCUCCCCCCUCCCUCUUCCAUACACCGAGACGAAGCAACCGAGGAAGCAGGAGGAUCGCCCUGCCCGUCUCCCUCCACCGCGAUCUGAUCCAUCCGCCGGCGGUUCCGUCCUGGCGAUCGGAGCAAAUGCCGUGCGGCUCCACCUCCUCCUCCUCCUGCUGCUGAUCGCUGGCUUUGAUAAGUACUGACAUUGGAUGAAGUUUGUACUGAUCUAUGGAAGUUGGUGCUCCGCAAGAUGCUCGGGAGAAUAAGAAUGAAGAGAAUGAAUUUGAAGAGAAUGGCAGUUCUGAUCCAGUGGUUUACCAGCUAGUUCGGGUUGAAGGUGAUGGAACACUUGUUCCUGCUACAGAGGAUGAAGUCUUGCAGUUUGAACAUUUUGUUGAUGAGAAGGUUGAUCUGCCUUCUAUUGAAGAUGUAGGGCGCGUGGAGGAUUUUUUUGCUAACAAUUGCAUGUUUCUGAAGCCUGACUUGGAAGAGGGGCCUUGCAAAUUAGAGACUACCGGUAAAUUACAGACACAAAAGUUGGAUGCUGACCUAGAGGAAGACAGGUUAAAACCAUUGGAUGAUUCUCUGGAUAUUCCCUCAAAGUGUACAGUUGUUCAUGACAAGCAACCUGAAAAAUUGAACACAGAACAAGGGUAUCACAACACUGUUCACCUGGAUAAUGCUUCAACUGAGACUACAAAAUCAACAGUGCUAAAUGACUCUUGCAGUGUUGAAAAAGAAAAGGCCGAUGCCUGCUCAAGACAUGUAAAUGACUCAUCUACAGAACCAUCUGUUUCUGGAAUUACCAGUUCAGUUCCUGACUUUUCCAUUUUAAGAGGAGAAGUCUUCUUGGAUACUCUUACAAUUAGAGAACUUCAGGAAGCAUUUAGAGCCACAUUUGGGCGUCAAACUACUGUCAAGGACAAGUUAUGGCUCAAACGACGGAUUACAAUGGGUUUGACCCAUUCCUGUGAUGUUCCAAGUUCAGGUUGUGUAAUUAAAGAUUAUAUUGUUGUUGGCAAGGAUGCCAAAGAAGAGCUACCAACCAUUGAAGGAAUACUUAAGGUUGAGGUUGAAGCUACUUCUUUGGCUAGGGACCAAGUACUGGAUCAUGCAAACGAGAGAGAUACACCAUCUAGCUCUUACUAUCAGAGUGAGGACCAACAGCGAUCCUCCAAGAGGCUAAAAGGAAUAUCAACAGACAACGAUGAAUCACUAGGAACUUUACAGGAUGAACAAGGCACCGCUAAGAGACUUCGAAAGCCAACAAAAAGAUACAUUGAGGAGCUCUCAGAUAUUGAGACUUUUGACUCCACUGGGAAGCUUUCUUCACCAGGAAAAAGGCCUGCACAUGAUGAGGUGUUACUGAGACCACGGGCAACUUUCCAAGAAGUUGACUCAUUGACUAUAACUUAUCCUACUCGAAAGGAUACUUUCGGAGGAUUUAGUGUACAUGUUCCCUACGUGUCGAGGAUGAGAAGAGGGCGUCCUAGGAGAAACUUCAGCUCAUUUCUGGUAACAGUCUACGAUGACAAGCCUUCAGUGGAAUGUGCUGAGGUUCAGAUGGCAGUUGAGAUGACGGUGGAAAAGGAUGGUGAACAGGGGAACCAUGUGAACCAAGCUAUGGAGGUUCCGCUAAUGAACAAUGCUGAGAAGAACGGAGGGCAUGUAGAAACAGCUGAUAAUAAGGAGGUUCGGACUGUAGAAGCAAACAUUUUGUGCAGAGCUGAUGCCAAGUCCAAAACAAAACGGAGUUUGAAGCGGAAGCAUCAUCGAGCAUGGACACUGUCCGAGGUUCUGAAACUGGUUGAUGGUGUGGCUCGAUUCGGAGUUGGCAAAUGGUCUGAGAUUAGAAGACUAGCCUUCGCAUCAUAUUCUUACCGCACAUCGGUGGAUCUCAAGGAUAAGUGGCGGAAUCUGAUCAGAGCCAGCCAGACACAGCUUUACCUGGAAAAAGAUGGUAGUUGUCUGCGGAAAAGCAACCCUUCGACCAUACCAAUACCACCGUCCAUUUUGUUACGAGUAAAAGAACUAGCUGAGAUGCAACCACAAGUGGGGGACCUGGCAGCACCAAUGCAGUUGAACAGCAGGGCUGCACAGGGGAAAGGAUCGGGGUUCUUGUGAUCCAUGUGAUGUACUGCAGGAAAAUAGAUGGAUACUACCGAGAGAGCUAGAUAGAUGUACGCUUGUGGACGAUGAACACUACAUAUUGUUGCGACAAAGUUGUGAUCGCGUUCUCCACAUGCAAUGCAAAUAAUCUCCAGGCUUGCAAUGCAGUGCAGUUCUUUUUCACAUGGUUUCUCUUCUAGAUGUAUUUAUCUGGGCAGCUGCAGCCUGGAGUUCAUGCUCACAGAGUCACAGAGUAGUUGUCAAAUGUAGGAGGUGGGUUCAUCACUUGAUGACAUGAAGGUACAUGGAUGAAUAAAUGCACGUUUACUUGUUCAGGUAAA